ACCCAACUUGAAAAAAUUCGGGAUGAUCUUAAGAACAAUUCACACAAUGCAAUAAAGAUGGUGCAAGAAAACGAUUGUAGGAUAGAUUCAUUCAGCAAUGAGGCAACGACUCUUGUAGAAAACAUGCGGGUCGAUGUGGAGCGACUGGCUGAGUUACCCAAAAUGCUUGGGUUUAACAACCAGGAAUGUCAGCUCGUAUGUCAGAAACGUAAUGACAAAGCUUUCGAGGAGUUAAAAGCUGCACUGCCUGCCAGAAAGCGCCGUAAAUUAAUUAUGGGUAAAUUUAAUGCUAAAAUUAAACAUACUAAUAUAGAGUUGGAU